ACCCAUUUCCUGUCAAAUACAAGUCUCGGGCUCGGAGCGCAAGGGACGACAACAUGAAAGUUUUGUUAAUCUGUUUCGCUUUAGCGGCAGGCUUUAUUUUGCUAGAUUACACGCUGGCCAUCAAAUGUUUCGUCUGUAACUCGUACCAUCAACACGAUUGCGCCGACUGGUUCGACAACAUCACCCAGCACUUGACGCAGUGUUCGUCCGAACAUACAAUGUGUCGCAAGGUCAUUCAAGAAGCGUAUUACGAUGGGAAAUGGGAGACGCGCUAUAUUCGACAGUGUGCCGUUGGCGGAGUCAUCGGUCCUCGGGAAGGGCGAGUUUGCACGGACAGGUUCGGAACGUACCAGGUGUUGAUGAGAUAUUGCCACUGUGACAACCAAGACGGUUGUAAUGGCGGCGGUUCCAUGUCCGCCAUAUUGCCUCUCACCUUGACCUCUGGUGUGACUCUUUACAUGUUUCCAUGGCAUAUGUGGCGGUCUUGAUGGGUUUAAGAAUACAACAUCCAUUGGCAUUUCCAAAACAACAAAGAAUAUAUCGAGUCAUUUGUCUUUUGUUGUAUCAUUGGAAAACAUUACAAGAGUGUUUUAGAUUUAAAAAAAAUAUUACAAACACUGUUUCUCUCAUGGCAGUUCGUUUUUGGGGGUUUUAAUGGUUAUUAAAACUAAGACAAAAACACGUAAAAACCCCAUUAAAAUAGCAUUCCAAACUUUAACAUCAAAAUUGUAAUUAAAAAAAAAUGCCAGAUCCAAAUCUCAUUUCAUGUGUAAUUUUUAUAUUCAUAAUACUUUUUUAAUUAUAUUAUUUUAUAAGCAUAUAGUAUUUUCAUGAGUGAAUGUAUUGAUGGAUGCUGUGAUUUUUUAAAACUGUAUGUUCGUGUACAUUUGUUUGAGUGAAAAUGGUAUGUAUGGAAUUAUGUGUGUCGAGCGUUUAAUUUUGUAAAUACAUUUUUAAAUAAGAGACGUGACUGUUUUUAAAUAGAGAAACAUCAAAUCAUAGAUUUACAAAUAAGCGUAGUUUUAUACCGUUCAUCAUUUGUUAUCUAUGCAUGCAUGUAACUAAAACUUCGCCAGACCAUAUAGGUAGAUUUGAUGAAAAACUUUAUAACUGUAGCAUAAUUACAUUAUUACUAUCAUUAAGUGCCUGUGUAGUGUGGUGUUUGAAAGCGUCUAUCAGAUGGUGAGGGCGUGUCUGAAAGUUGUCUGUCGAGGGAUGUGGGCGUGUCAAAACACUAAUAUUACUAGUGUAUGAGAUGCACAUGGAUGUAUAACACAUCAUUGUAAAUAUAUCAUCGAUUCUUGUACGUAUAUAGCUGUUACAUAUUUAUGAUUGUAUUUUAAUUAGCUGUCUUAAUUCAGAUUACAUUUCAGUCUUUUGUAGAUGUACAUAAGUAAUAUUUUACGCAAAUUGUGGGUAAGACCCUUGAAAUGUCACUACAUUAUCUCAUUUUAGAAUAUUUUAUUUGUUUCGAGGAUGCCAUGUUUUACGAUGCCUCGUCUGCCGAAUUAUUCCGAAUAAGUACAUAGUGUUAGAUAUAAAAUGUAAAUAAACCAAACACAGAUUAUACUACAAAAAGUGAUCUUCCAUUUUGGUGUAACGUUUAAUGUAAUAUGAUUACUGUAUCUAUUGGACGCAAAUAUAACUAUAUAUAUAUACAUGUACAUUAUAAUAUUGUAACGUUUAAAACAUUUUGUUCUGGAAGCAUAAACAAAUAAAGUUCACCAGACUGAAAAUGACCAGAAGACAUGACAGUAAACUAAAAUCUCAUUCUGUACACAUUUUACAUUCCUAACAUUUGCUUUCAUUCUGUGGUCGACGCUAAUCACAACGCAUUUUGUAGAGGACACAUUGUCAGAAGCAUAUCUUUAACAUAGAGCAAUUGUAAAUUUAUGUGAAUACCGAAAUACCGGAAUACCAACAGUACAACCAUUUUAGAAUUCAUAUGUUGGUUUUUUUUCUUUUGUUUAAAAUGUUAUUGUAUAUUCGUUGUCUCCAAUCUGACUAAAUGAUUCUGUUGACAUAUCGCAUAUUUGCAUUUUAAAAUUCUUUACAUUUUAAAUACCAUUACUUGUCUUUUUUAAAGGACAGUUAAAUAUUUUGGUUUGUGUUCUUAACAAGCCUUAUUAGUAACACAAUGCUGGUUUUAUGCAUGUAAAUUGUACUUGAACAUAGAGCUGUAUUGUAUAUCUUCGAAAAAAAUUACAUGUAUGAUAUGUUAAUUGGUAGAACCUAUUUUUGUACAAAUGAAAUGGAACACAAUAUUUCAUACAUAAUAAACUGUUUUAUACAA